GAGGCGGCGCCGGCCACAGUGCAGCUUCACAGCGGCUCUGACUCGCUGUGCUUCUCGCUCAGUCCUGCAGCGGAACACGUUGUUCUGUUGCCGGUUCUGCUGCUCCUGAUUCUCACCAGUCGGUGACUGGUUGGUCGCUGAGGGCACAUUUCCUCCAGACCGGUGCCAUGGCGACCUCCCUGGUCAGUCGUCAUCUCUCCUUGUUUCUGCAGAAGAACUUGAAACUCAGUGCUGCAGGGUGCAAGUAUGUGAGUAAGGCAGCAGCAAAGACCCAGGUUGAAUAUGACUACGAUGGACCUUUAAUGAAAACUGUAGUCCCCGGGCCCCGAUCACAGGAGCUGACAAAACAACUAGGAGACAUCCAGAAUGUUGGUGCCAUCAACUUCUUCUGUAACUACGAUGAGAGCAGAGGGAACUACCUGGUGGACGUGGACGGGAAUCGCAUGUUGGACAUCUAUACUCAGAUCUCAUCCAUUCCCAUUGGUUACAACCACCCUGCUCUCCUCAAGCUAAUGACCAACCCCAAUAAUCUGAGCGCAUUUGUGAACCGACCAGCGCUGGGAAUCCUGCCACCUGAGAAUUUCCCUGAUAAAAUCACAGAAAGUCUCCUCUCAGUGACUCCCAGUGGGAUGAGUCGUGUUCAGACGAUGACCUGUGGCUCCUGCUCCAAUGAGAACGCCUACAAAGCAAUGUUCAUCUGGUACAAGAACAAGGAGCGAGGCUACAGCACACCUUCUGAAGCAGACCUGCGCACCUGCAUGAUAAACCAGGCUCCAGGUUGUCCAGAUCUCAGCAUUUUGUCUUUUAUGGGAGGUUUUCAUGGAAGAACAAUGGGUUGCUUGGCAACAACACACUCUAAAGUCAUCCACAAACUAGACGUGCCGUCAUUUGAUUGGCCCAUCGCCCCAUUCCCCCGACUGCAGUACCCCCUGGAGGAGUUCAGCAGGGAGAACGCUCAGGAGGAGGCACGCUGCCUGGAGGAGGUGGAGGACCUGAUAGUGAAGUGGAGGCAGAAGGGGAAACCUGUAGCAGGAGUUGUUAUAGAACCCAUCCAGGCUGAAGGAGGAGACAACCACGCCUCCCCAAACUUCUUCAGGGAACUCCGCAACAUCGCUCGCAAGCAUGGCGCUGCGUUUCACGUGGAUGAAGUUCAGACUGGUGGAGGGUGCACCGGGAAGUUCUGGGCCCACGAGCACUGGGCCAUGGAUGACCCCGCUGAUAUUGUAUCGUUCAGCAAAAAGCUUCUGACUGGAGGCUACUUCUACAGGGAUGAGCUGCAGGCUGAUAAGGCCCAGUACCCCAGUGUUCUGAGCCGAGCUCGAGGACAGGGGACAUUCUGUGCUGUGGAUGCACGAGACGCUGCCACCCGAGACCGGAUCCUGCUGCAAAUGAGAAAUAAAGGUGUGCUCCUGGGAGGAUGUGGAGACUCAUCAAUCCGGUUCCGUCCAGCACUCAUCUUUAAGGAGUACCACGCCCACAUCUUCCUGAACAUCUUCAACAAUGUUCUGGCCCAGAACAAAUAGAAGCUGACCAGAGCGACAGGGAGGAGAGUUGGUUCAGAGAAGGUGGUGUGAGGGUGGGGAGAGAGAUGUAGGAAAGCAUGCUGAUCAAUCCCACAGACAUUCUUUUUGAAGGACCACACAGCCAGCUGUGGUCAUCUCCUUAGCCAGAGAAGGUACCUGGUGUUUGUCCUAUGACCUGUGCAACCUUUCAGAGCAGAGGUUGUUUAACAAAUUGUCGUUUUUUUAUUCAGAAAAUGUUUCUGAACUCAUUUGAUAUUUUGAUUCAUGUUGGCACACGUGCACUGACGUGAUGAUGGAGUCCCGACUGACGGCCCAUCAUAUCCGUAAAUCUAACACACCAUCUAAUUGACCGCCCCUCCAGUCAGCAGACAGCAGGUUCAAAUCAUCGCACCUUAGCUCACAGUGACAAAGAGCUUCAGGUGUCAGCAGGAAGACUCAGCCUGGGUUCAUGUUCCAGUAGCGUGUUUGUUGGUGUAGAACUUGAAACCGGGGGGCGUCUCAGUCAGCAGGACUUUGUCCGGUGAAAUUAAAUCUGAUGUCUGCACCGUUAAACCCGUCGUGAAGUGAAGGAAAAUCUUAAUUGAAUGUUGGGAAUUUCAUUCAAGGAGUUUUUGAGCUGUGGAAAAAUGUUUUUUCAUAGAAGCCAGUUUCAAAUAGUUAUGAUAAAAAGAAGCCAUGAAGAAUUUAGGCAGAUUUUUUUUUAUUGAAUUUCUGAGUGAUGAAGUUCUAUCUGAAUAUUUUGACAUGUAAAUGGAAACAUGACAACAUGAGACUGAAGUCAGUUUUUUUUUUAGUUUUGGCUUCUUGUACAGAUGAGUUGGACUCAAGCUGAGCUUAAAGGUCCACAGCUUUAAGGAGAACAUGUUUAGUUUAACAACCGUUCUAUUGUCUGAGGAGACCCAGGAGAAACCAGGCAGGAUAGAGGCCAGCAGGUCCAGGUUGUGGCUACACUUUUGAUUCCAACACAAAUUUUAAAUAUUGUUUAUUUAAAUCUUGUCUAAUCGAGCGUUUUAACAAAACGAUGACAACAGAACACAGAACAGUUCCCCGACACAGAUGCUGCCUGCAUCAAAUUUUACCUUAUUUUUGAAGGGCAUGGGGAUUUGACUGAGAUUCUGUAGUAGAACUAAACCAGAGGUUGUUUAUAGAAACAGCUCCAUGAAAACUGAAUGCUUGGGUGCUCGUGUGCCAACAUUGUGUCAUUUCCUGUUUCACAGACACACAAGUGGUCAAAAGAAGGAAAGGUCACCUGAAGCUGUCAGCCUGCAUGUGAUUUAACUAACUGUAAUGAAGAAUGGUUUGUGCUGAUCUGAAACUGGACCAGAACCAUGUUAUUCUAAACAGGACUGGAACGAUGCGGGAUGAUUUAGUGCCUGCAUGUGACCAGAUUAUUUCCUUCUGUUCAAUCCGCUGCAGAGAAUCAGAACUAAAACUAUCCACUCGCUUCUCGAUCAGUGAACUCCUUCUGUCAACAGAACAUGACCCAUGAAGCUGGCCAGAUGUAGAAGAAUUGUUCAUUGGAGGUAAAGGAACAUUUUGAACUUUCAUUGUUCAAUAGAUGUUGUACCUAAAGGAAAAGGUUUGUAAGCUCAAUCAUCCAGGUAGAUAAGUCACUAAAAAAGGUUAAAU